CCAUAGCGACAGAGAGUCAAGAGCCGCGCUCCAUCUUGCGGCCAGCCCCGCGCAACACAAGGAUACCGUCGGAUCCAAGAUAAUGAUUGCGUGACAUCGAAAACUCUGGUCCAAAAGUCUUCCUUGUUAGGCAGAUAAUUCAAGAGCCACCAUCUGCACGACCCGAAUCGCGUAUUGGGGAUCCGCUUUCCCGUCUCGGGACGUGGACGCUGAAAACUCUCGGCUUGCACAUAUUCGGAUCAUAAAAUUACCAUACCCCACUUCAACACAUAGUACCUGGCGUACUACUGUGCCUCUUUCCUUUUGCUUCAAGACUAAUUACCAUAUCUCAAGAAGCACACUCGACGGUGUGAGAAAGAUCAGACCAUGAUGUCCUCCUACGACGCCCAACAACUUUACUACGACGGCAAAGUCCAGAGGGCUACUUCGGGCAAGACUUUCACCACCGUCGACCCUUCAACAGCCAAACCUCUAGCAGAGGUACACCAAGCUGCUCCAGCUGAUAUCGAUGCUGCCAUAGCCUCAGCAAAGAAAGCUUUCCCAUCAUGGUCUCAGACACCUCCCAUUAUCCGUUCCCGCAUCCUCCUAAAAGCCGUGGAGCUACUUCGGUCACGAAAUGACGAGAUUGCCAAAAUAGAAACCCACGACACUGGCAAAGCCUUCUCAGAAACCAGCACAGUCGAUGUGGUCACCGGCGCCGACGUAUUAGAGUACUUCGCCAACCUCGUCGCCAGCGGCGGACUCAACGGAGAAACCACCCAACUCAGACCAGAUGCCUGGAUUUACACCAAGAAAGAAGCUCUGGGCGUCUGUGCCGGCAUAGGAGCCUGGAACUACCCUAUCCAGAUCGCAUUAUGGAAAUCAGCACCUUGUCUGGCGGCAGGAAACUGCAUGGUCUACAAACCAUCAGAAGUCACGCCCCUCCACGGUCAAGUCCUAGCUCAGAUCUUCACUGAAGCCGGUGUCCCUCCCGGAGUAUUCAACAUCGUUCAUGGCGAUGGAGCAGUGGGCGGCUACCUCACUUCUCAUCCCGGAAUUGCCAAAGUGAGCUUCACAGGCCAAGUCUCAACCGGUCAAAAAGUCGCAGCAUCAUCAGCCGGAGGGAUGAAGUACGUAACCAUGGAACUCGGCGGCAAGAGUCCAUUGAUCAUCCUGCCCGGCACAGAAGUCGAAAACGCAGUCGAUGGAGCCAUGAUGGCGAACUUCUUCUCCACAGGUCAGGUCUGUACCAACGGAACUCGAGUCUUCGUCCCAAAAUCCAUGAAAAGCUCCUUCGAGAGAUUACUCCUUGAGAAAAUGUCCUGUAUCCGCUCCCUGGCGCCCAUGGAUUCAAACAGUAAUUUCGGCCCCCUCGUAUCGGAGAUCCAUUACAAGAAAGUCCUCUCUUACAUCCAACAUGGAAUAUCCGUCGACAAAGCCAGACUCCUUCACGGAGGAGCAACGAAACCUAAAACCAUCCCUGCAGGCUAUGAAAACGGCUUCUGGGUCCAACCAACGGUCUUCACAGAUUGCACUGAUACCAUGAAGAUCACCACAGAAGAGAUCUUCGGACCAGUGCUCUGUAUCCUUCCUUAUGAUACGGUGGACGAAGUCAUUGCCAGAGCAAACAACACCAAGCUCGGCCUCGCUGCGGGAGUAUUUGGCAAAGAUGUGAACAAAUGCCAUGAAGUGAUUAGUAAGUUGGAAGCGGGCAUAACGUGGAUUAACACCUGGGGAGAAAGUCCCGCUGAGAUGAGUAGUACGUUGGUAGAAGGGAGUGGGAUCGUGGGGACUGUGUUUUCGAAAUUAUGAGUUGGGGGAAAGUGAUGAAUGCAUGAUUUGGCGUAUGGAGGGAAAAGAAAGCUUUGCAUAUAUAUACAUAGAAAAUGGCGCUCGGGUCCUAGAACAAUCUCAGCCGGUUUUGCUCCUUCGAUUCGUUUCGUCAUUUCUCGUAAUC